AUCGGGUUCAUUCAGGAGGGCGACUGUUCAGUUUUCCAGUUUGCAGCUGAAGAGGGCCGACUGGACGACGGCGACACACCGACGCAUUUGUCGAUGUUUUAAGUUGAAUAUUGGAUCCUGUUUUCUCAGCUUUCCACCCCGCAAAGGCCAACAGUGCACAGUUGUCAUGGCGGAGGCCCACCAGGCAGUGGCCUUCCAGUUCACUGUCACCCCGGAGGGCAUUGAUCUGCAGCUGUCUCAUCAGGCCCUCACUGAGAUCUACCGCUCAGGACUCCGCUCUUGGAAGAAGCGUAUCAUUAGACUCAAGAACAGCGUGAUCACAGGAGUGUAUCCUGCCAGCCCUUCCUCCUGGCUCUUUGUGGUCAUAGCCAUCCUGGCCACUAUGUACACGCGCUCCGACCCCUCCAUGGGACUCAUAGCCAAGAUACAAGAGCACCUGCCUGUCAGCCAGUCCAUGAGCACCCAGUGCCAGACGGUGGUGUCGGCGGUGCUCUUCAGCACCUUACUGUGGCUCUUGCUCAUCUUCACCAUGCGCCUGUGCCUCAAGCAGCUCCUCUCCUACCACCGCUGGAUCUUCGAGCAACACGGCAAGAUGUCCACCACCACCAAAAUCUGGGUGGCACUGGUGCGCAUCUUCUCUGGCAGAAAGCCUCUGCUCUACAGUUACCAGGGCUCAUUGCCAAACCUGCCUGUGCCGGCCAUCAAGGACACGCUCAAGAGGUAUUUGGAGUCGGUGCGUCCGCUGAUGGAUGACACCAAGUAUGAACGAAUGACCAAACUGGCUGGCGAGUUCGAGAGCCGCCUUGGAAAUCGCCUGCAGUGGUACCUCAAACUCAAAUCUCUCUGGGCUGCCAACUAUGUCAGCGACUGGUGGGAGGAAUAUGUCUACUUGCGAGGAAGAAGCCCCAUUAUGGUCAACAGUAACUAUUACGGCAUGGACUUCCUGUAUGUGACCCCCACACCCAUCCAGGCAGCCAGAGCCGGCAACACCAUCCACGCAAUGUUCCUGUACCGCCGCAAACUCAGCAGAGAAGACCUCAAACCUAGUCGUAUACCCGGUACUGUCAUUCCUCUGUGUGCGGCUCAGUGUGAGAGGAUGUUCAACACCACACGCACUCCUGGAGAGGAGACGGACACCGUGCAGCACUGGCAGGACAGCGAUUAUGUAGCCGUAUACCACAGAGGACGCUACUUUCGGCUCAGAGUGUACCAGGCGGGCAGACUCCUGUCCCCAAGGGAGAUCGAAUUCCAGAUUCAGAGGAUCCUUGAUGACUCUUCCGCACCCUGCACGGGAGAAGCGAAACUUGGCGCUCUGACUGCCGGUGACAGAAUUCCUUGGGCGCAAGCCAGGAGCAAGUACUUCAGCAGCGGUAUCAACAAGCGCUCACUGGACUGCAUCGAGAAAGCCGCAUUCUUUGUGACCCUUAAUGACGACGAGCAGGGCAUGAUGGGAGAUGACCCAUCGGAGAGUCUGGACCGCUAUGCUAAGUGCUUGUUGCAUGGGAAAUGUUACGACAGGUGGUUCGAUAAGUCUUUCUCGGUGGUCUUCUUCAAGAACGGUAAGAACGGUAUCAACGCGGAGCACUCAUGGGCUGACGCGCCGGUGAUCGCGCACCUGUGGGAGUACGUCGUGGCCACGGACUCUUUCCAGCUCGGUUACAAUGGCGAGGGUCACUGCAAAGGGGAUGUGGACCCAUCGCUAGCACAACCUCUGAAGCUCACCUGGGAAAUACCUCCAGAGUGCGAGAAGCAGAUCUGUCAGUCCCUGGCAGUGGCCCAAGCCCUAGCUGACGACAUCGACUUUCACAUUCUAUCUUUCCGAGACUUUGGCAAGGGAAAGAUCAAGAAGUGUCGAGUCAGUCCGGACGCCUUCAUUCAGGUGGCACUUCAGUUGGCCUACUUCAGGAAUCGGAAAACGUUUUGCCUGACCUAUGAGGCCUCCAUGACCCGCCUGUUCAGGGAGGGCAGAACUGAGACCGUUCGCUCCUGCACCAGUGAGAGCAGUGCCUUUGUCAAAGCGCUCGUGGGCGGAGAGUCAGCUGACGUAUGCAGGCGUCUGUUCCGCGCGGCAUUCGAAAAGCACCAGAACCUUUAUCGCAUGGCAAUAACUGGCGCCGGCAUCGACAGACACCUCUUUUGCCUAUACGUCGUGUCCCAAUACCUCGGAGUGGAGUCACCUUUCUUGAAAGAGGUGCUGUCAGAAACCUGGAGGCUGUCCACCAGUCAGACAUCUCUCCAGCAGGGGGAGCUGUUUGACUUAGUGAACCACCCUGAGUACAUUUCCUGCGGGGGAGGCUUUGGUCCGGUGGCUGACGACGGUUAUGGGGUGUCUUACUACAUUUUGGGAGACAGCCUGAUCAACUUCCACAUCUCCUGCAAGCACUCUUGUCCCGACACUGAUGCCCAUAAGUUCGGUGCUCAGAUCACAAAAGCCUUGCACGACCUGCUGGAGAUGAUGAGCCCCGGCCAGAGAGAGCCCAGCAAAACCGAGGACAAUUGGCCUGAGGUCAAGAAAAACCUGUAGACGCUUCCUCAGGAGAAAGACAACAGAUGCUUGAAGGGAAGAUGUUUUACCACCAUUACUGUAUGAGGCAAGAGUGGACAUGUUCUCAUGUUGAGGAGAAAAAACAAUAAGUCAGCAAUCUAAGCAGCUUGAUCAAAAGACAGCUCAGUUGAAGGAAAUCUGUACAAGUGAGCUGAUGUUUUCCUACAUACAUUUAUAUAUUUGCUGCGGAUGGCCACAGGUUAACGUGUUAUUCAGUUUCAGUAUGACGUAAUACUCCUUUUUUUUUUUUUCUUUCUUUUAAGUGACUAUAUACUUAAGAAGUUGACAAAUAUUAUUUUUUAUUUUUUUUAAUAAAGGGGCAUGUUUAUGUUUUGAUACCAUUGCUCUUUUGUGUAUGUUUGCCUGGAUGUACACACACACACACACAAACACAGGCACUUGAAACAUUCCUUCACUUGCCUUGCACUACAGUAAAAUGUCGUAGUGGUUCUUUCUGUGCCAAAGGCUUUUGUUUUUUAAAUGCAUUCAGGUUAUCCAGCAGGCAUUUUAAAUGAUGGUUAAGCACGUUCACUCGUUUUAUGUAUAAAUAUGUGUUGUUUUCUUAAUGUCUGCAUUUCUAUAAACGCACCAUAACAAUGCAACUUACGUUUUUAAACGUGUGGGUCAAAUGUGGACUUAGUGUUAAAGUUGUGGUGAAGACUAACAAGAUGUUUACCAGGGAAAUGUGGAAGGAAGCUCCUUGGUUCUCUAUGGAUUUUGUUUGCUUUUCACCACAAGCCCACCGAGAUUGUGUCAUAUUGCUUUUGUCUGAAUUUUUAAUG